AUGGCAGUCGACGACGGCGGUCGCGUGGCCUAUGCGCAACUGACAGGCAAGCUGAAGCCGCAGCUCCUUCAGGCUCUUGAGAGCAGUGGCUUCACACACAUGACGCCCGUGCAGGAGAAGGUGCUUCAGCUCCCGAGUCUUACUCAGGACUGUCUUGUUCAAGCCAAGACGGGGACGGGAAAGACUCUCGCGUUUUUACUGCCAGCACUCCAAAAACUGCUUGAAGUCAAGGACCUGGACCGAUCAUCCGUUGGCCUGCUGGUUCUCGCACCCACACGCGAGUUGGCACAGCAGAUUGUCGAUGAGUGCGACAAGCUGACUAGCGCCUGCAACCCGCCCUUGGAAUGCCACAUCGCGGUUGGCGGCAGCAAGAGGAAGUUUCACAUGGACAAAUUCCUGAAGAAGAGCCCAGCCAUCCUGGUCGCCACCCCAGGUCGGCUGAUUGACUACCUUACCGAGGAUGCAGCACGCCAGAAGUUCGCCAAGAUCCGUUGCGUCGUGCUUGACGAGGCAGACCGCAUGCUCGAUGCCGGUUUCGCCCCUGCGCUGCGCCAGAUCCUGGAGCAGAUCCCUUCCAAGGCGCAAGCUGGAUGGCAAGGCAUGUGCUUCAGCGCGACGGUGCCUCCCGAAAUUCAGAAGAUGCUGCCCAUGGUGCUCAACAAAGACCACGUGCGCAUCUCAACCAUCGACGAGAACGAGGUUCCGACGGUGGAGACUGUGCCGCAGAGGGUAUACCCCGUCCCUUCGGUCGACGACAUCCUGCCCACGCUGCACUCUGUCCUCUCUUGCGCCAAGGCGGACAAUCCGGCGCUCAAAGCCGUCAUUUUUUGCUCAACGGCGCGGCACGCGGGCCUUCUCUACCACAUAUUCGGCCACUCGGGCGAGGCCGCCCCGCCGAAGUUGCCCGUUUUCCAGAUGCAGUCGCGCAUGUCGCAGACUCAGCGAACGCGCACGGUUGAGGAGUUCAAAGCGACAGAUCGCGGGCUGCUCUUCGCGUCCGAUGUGGUCGGCCGGGGCAUGGAUUUCCCUGAUAUCGACCUUGUUGUGCAGGUCGGCGUGCCGAGCGAGAAGGACCAGUAUGUGCACCGCGUGGGCCGUACCGGCCGCGCCGGCAAGGGUGGCAAGGCCGUCAUGAUACUUGCGCCGGAGGAGAUGUGGUUUGUGAAGUCCAACCCGGAGUUCCCUAUCAAAAACGAGGGCCCUUUCAACCACCCAAAAGCCGCGACCUACCCGUCAGCAGCGAUUAUCCAAUCCGCAUUAGCCAAGGUACCCCAACAGACCAAGGAACAAGCCUACAUCGGCAACCUAGGUUUCAUCAAGUCGCUGAUGAAGCGUUACGGCCUGCAUCCCGCGGGAGUCGUGGAGCUGGCCAACCGGUUCGCACAAUCGUUUGGCUGCGACAGCAUCCCCGUGCUAAGCCCCAUGCUUGUUGGCAAGAUGGGCCUCCGCGGGGUGCCGGGUUUGGUGGUGGAGGGGAAGGGGCUGGUUGCCGGCCCACCGCCAGGGUCGGACGCCGCGGGCCCCCCCAGGGAUAAGCGAGGUCCCCGCGGGAAGAAUGGCGGGUUCAGGACUACGGAGGGACGGCGGCCGGAUGGGCCGCGCAGACGCCAGAACCAGGCGCGGGAGGAUUCUGGAAAGCAGGGUGAGGAACCUAGCCGGAAGAGGGCGAAAAGGUGA